CCAGAUAUGCGUUUGGGCUUCGAUCUCUGUCCAGAAGAGCAGGACUUCAUCUGUAAGCGCAAGAAAUAUGUUGCUGCUGCUUUGAAAAAUGUUCUUCGGCUAGAAGGAGAAUUGCAGGACAAUGAGGUUCCAGUGGUGGCUCUUAUGACUACAGCCGGGGGAGUAAGAUCAAUGACAGCCAUGUAUGGGAGCCUGUUAGGUCUCCAGAAACUCAAUCUCUUGCAGUGUGUUUCAUACAUUACUGGUUUAUCUGGCACAACGUGGGCAAUGAUAAAUUUAUUCAGAGAUCCAUAUUGGUCACACAAGAAUCUAGAAGGCGUGAUCAUGGAUGUUCGGAAACAAGUGAUGAAGAAUAAAUUGUGCUGUUUUAGUCCAGACAACUUGAAAUAUUAUGAGAAGGAAAUAUGGAACAGACAUGAUGAAGGUCACAAGCUGACAUUUGCAGAUCUCUGGGGACUAAUUCUUGAAUCGAUGUUUCAUGAUGAGCCAGACCCCAAUAAGCUCUCAGAUCAACGAAAGGCAAUACAUCUAGGUCAAAACCCUCUUCCUAUCUACCUUGCUCUUAAUGUCAAGAAAAGAUAUAGCACUUUAGAUUUUAAAGAAUGGAUGGAAUUCACUCCCUAUGAAGUGGGCUUCUUGAAAUACGGAGCAUUUAUUAAUGCAGAAAAUUUUGGAAGUGAGUUCUACAUGGGUCACUUAAUGAAGAAGAUCCCAGAAUCUCGGCUUUGUUUUAUGCAAGGCAUGUGGAGUAAUAUCUAUUCCCAAAAUCUGCUGGAUGCCUUAUAUUUAGCAGAAUGUUCAGAAGACUUCUGGCAUAAAUGGACAAGACCUAGAAUGUAUGAAAUUGAAGAAGAUACUCCCCCUUGGUUGCCCAAGAGACCAUAUGUGCAGCCAACACGUCUUUUCAUCCCUAAUGGUUCUGUGUCAGAUGCGAUUAAAGAUGUUGUAACCAUGCGUCCAGUUGUUGCAUGCUACCCCAAUUUUAUUAAAGGUCUGCAGAUGAACAACAAAUACUUGGAGAACAAUAAUUUUUCCAUGUGGAAAGAUACUAUACUGGAUUGUAGCCCUAAUCACCUGACUGAGUCUGAAGACUAUUUGGAGCUUGUAGACACAGCUUUCUUUAUCAACACCAGCUGCCCACCUCUUUUAAGACCAGAAAGACAAGUAGACAUUAUCAUACAUUUAAAUUACAGUGGAGGAUCACAGACAUUGCCGCUGGAUUUAAGCACAAGGUACUAUCACGGUCAGGGCAUCCCAUUCCCUAAGACUGAUCUGACAGAAGAAGACAGGAAGAAUCUCAAGGAAUGUUAUCUCUUUGAUGAUGCAGAGAGUCCAAAGGCUCCUAUAUUGCUGUAUUUUCCAUUGGUGUGUGACAGCUUCCAAAAAUACAAGUCACCUG